AUGGACAAAAACAUGUCAUUCAAUGAUAAAAGUGCAAUAGCACCUGUGAUUAUAGAAGAACUAGAUGAAAAUGCUUUAUGCAACAUGAACGUCGAUAUGGCAGAAUUUAUUGAAGCAAAAGCUUUGGAAAUAAAAGAUGUAUCACAAAAUGUUAUAUCAGAUGUUUAUUCCAAUCAAUGUAGUUCUGCUAUGGAUAUUAAUGCAGAAGUAGAAGAUCAUGAUAUAUUAAUAACUGCAGAUGAAGAAGACCAAUUGACAAAACAAUUUUUAAAUGGAGAGUUAACGUUCUCUGAGUAUUCUUCUAGAAUGGAUCAAGAUGUGGAUUUAGAAACUGCAGAAUUUGACAUUCCUAGAAAUGAUUUAGAAAAUGAAGAAACAGAAACAAAUAAAACAGUUCAGUCCAAAACAUCAAAGUCACAAAGUGGAGGGCAAGUACGUUAUAAACGAAAAAAGAGAACACUUCCUCCUGCUCUGCAAGGUCUUAUGGGUGAAGCAAAUUUAAGAUAUGCUAGAGGAGAUACAGAAUUAGCUGCACAGAUAUGUAUGGAGAUAAUUAGGCAAGUACAAGUACCAAGUGCUCCAGAACCAUUUCAUACAUUAGCAAUGAUAUAUGAAAUCGAUCAACCAGAAAAGUCACUACAGUUUGCUCUGAUAGCGGCACAUCUUAGUCCAAAAGAUGCAGAUCAAUGGGUGAGAUUGGCCAAUAUGUCUUUGGAAAGUGAAAACAUAAAACAAGCUAUAACAUGUUUUAACAAAGCAAUUCAGGCAAAUCCAAAAGAUAUAACUUUAUAUGAAACACGAGCACGACUUCUAGACCGCAAUGGAGAUAAAAGAGCUUAUUUAAAAGGAUUUUUAAAAUUAGUUCAUCAGUUGGACCCCGAAGAUGGCCAAAACAUAAUUAAAUAUGCUAAAAUGUUAGCCAAACGAUAUAUGGAAGAGAACAAUAGUGAACAAGCACUAGAGGCAAUGGAGAAUAUUUUUUCAAAAUGUCCUAGUUUCAUUACCUUAGAAGAAGUCAAUAUUAUGACAGAAAUAUUAAUAGCAUUGAAAAAAUUUAAAAGAUGUUUAAAUAUUUUAACCACAUAUACUAGUAUUUGGGUAAAAUAUAAAACUGAGGAUACACAAGGACCUCAUUUAAUAACAAAAAAAUCUGGAAAUGAGAAGAAAGAAGAAUUAGAAGAUCAGAAUAUAUGUGAAAUAGAUUCUUGUGGAAUACCAGAUGAUGUAGUUGUUGAUUUGAAGGCGAAAUUUCUUAUAACACUUAUUGAGUUGAAUCAGAUGAAAUUAGCUGAGAAUCUUUUACCCAAAUUUUACUUUUAUGAAAAUCCAGAAAUUUCUGGUGAUCUUUUUUUGGAUAUAGCAGAAACUUUAAUGGGAAAAAAAGAAUUUAAACAAGCUUUAAUGUUAUUAGAACCUUUAGUCAAUAGUAAUAAUUAUAGCUUAGCAGCAGUAUGGCUACGACACGCAGAAUGCUGGGUCGGUUGUAAAGACCUACAAAAAGCAAUAAAAUCAUAUGAAGUCGUUAGACAAUUAUCACCUCAACAUUUAGGUGCAAGAACUGCAUUAGCUAAGUUGUAUCAAUUGAAAGGCCAAUAUAAUAAAGCAAUAGAAGUUCUUCAUCAAGAUCCAGAGUCAGAUACUUUAGAUCCUCAAGUAAUAUAUCAGAGGACAUUACUCCUUUUUAAAGUAAAAAGAUACGAUGAAUAUUUUCAGUCUGGCAUGUUACUCUUCUCUAGACAUUGUGCAAAUAUAAGAAAUAAAGUUGAAUUAAAUGCAUUAACUAGAGCAUACGUAGUACGUCAACGUUUGGAAACAUUACAACUUCAUCGAUUAUCCCGCGGCGAAAAACUUGAAGAAGAAAAUGCACCAUCGUUUUUAAAUAAUACAGAAUUAAAUGAGAAGAAAGAAUUUCUCUUACUUUUGCAAAUGUGUAAACUAGCUUGUAUAUUAAAGAAGUAUGGGUUCCUACAAAGAAUCUGUUUUAGUGCUUUAACAUCAAAAAGAUUUGAAAAAAGAAAUUCCCAUAUCAUGUUUUUAUGUUUACUUUCGUGUAUCUAUAAUAAUGAUUCUUAUCAUGGAUACAACAUUGUACGACAAUUAAUACGUGUUUGUCAAAAACCAAAUUCUUGGAAUCUGUUAAAUAUUAUUGUACAAAAAGCAGAAGAUUGCAGACACAAUAGGUUCAUAAUGCGUCUUCUUGGAAGGGAAGAUGUGUUUUCGUAUUUAAAUAUAAUGCACGCAAAUAAUUGUCUUAUUUCGGGAACAUAUAAAUAUGCUCUUAACGAUUAUAUUUCACUUUUCAAAGUAGUACCUAGUGCCUUAUUAGCGUUACUUAUUGGUGUAACUUUAUUACAAAUGGCAUGUCAGAAAUUGUCUGCUAAAAAAAAUCAACUUGUAAUUCAAGCUAUUGCAUUUUUAAAGAAAUAUUCUCAACUCCGAAAUGAAGAUGGUGAACAAGAGGCAUGUUAUAAUAUGGGCCGUGCUUUUCAUCAAAUUGGUUUAUUAUCAGCAGCUGUACAUUUUUAUAAACUAGUACUUAAUAAAGAUCCGGGAGAUUUAAUUAAAAAGAAUUCAUAUCUUUUAGAUUUAAGAAAAGAAGCUGCCUUUAAUUUACAUCUCAUUUAUCUGCAGUCUGAAAAUUAUUUAUUAGCAAGAAUAAGCGAAAUGAGUAGAACAUUAGCUAGCGAAAUUAAAUUUAAAAAUUUAUGUGAUGUAUUAGAGGAAAUCUCAAAAGUACGUUUAACUAGAAAAGCUGAUAUUUUGAAGCGAUUUAUUCAAAAAUGUCGUCUUACGAGUCACAAAUUAGAAACGGAAUUUGCAACUAUGAAUGUUUCACUUUAUCCUAUAUUAAGAUUAAUUUUACCGGAUCUUGAACGAGAACGGGCCUAUAAUUUAAAACAAAAAUCUCUUAUUGAUCUUUAUAUUCGGAUAUUUUGUUUGGGAAAAGACAGCAAAGAUGCAAAUAAAUUGAAACAGUACAAAACUCCUACUGCAAAAAAUAUUGCAGGAUGUGAUUUUGCAGAAAAAGCUUAUUGGAUUUUACAGAAUCGUUUUCCACGUGAAAGUUCUAAUUUUACAAUAGAACGAAUCAAUUUAUUUCUCGAUGAUUUAUCGUCAAAAGACAAAACUGGUCUGUCAAAGAAUGAAACAUUUAAAGUUUUGUUAGGAAAAAUAAAUGCAUUAGAAUUUAAAUGGAUAACACGAAUUAUUUUAAAAAAUUUGAAUCUUGGUAUUGGCACGAAAAAGAUAUUGCAAGUUUUUCAUUGUGAUGCAAACUCACUGUUUAAUGUAUCAUCUAAUUUGCAACAUGUUUGUGAUACAUUACAUAAUUCUCAAAUGAGACAUCAUUAUGAUGUUCAAGUUUUUUCUCACUGUAAACCUAUGCUAUUAGAACGAUGCCAGAUUGAGGAUAUAAAAAAGCUUUUUAAUGGCAACAAAGAGUAUUUUGUGCAAUGCAAAUAUGAUGGCGAUCGAUUUCAAAUACAUAUGAAAGAUGGCAAAUAUAAAUGUUUUACAAGACAAGGAUUUGAUUUUACGAAUAAGUCUGGUUUUGGGGAAACAAAUUCUUCAGGUUUUAUGAGCUGUAUAUUUGGCCAGUUAUUAAAUCCACAAGUAAAAUCAGUAAUUUUAGAUGGUGAACUAAUGGGUUGGCAUAAAGAAAAGAAAUUGUUAGUUUCAAAAGCAAUGAUGAACUGUGAUGUUAAAAGACUCUCAAAUAAUAGUGAUUAUCAGCAAUGUUUUGUUGCAUUUGAUAUUAUUAUGCAUAAUGAUAAUUUACUUAAUAAUGAACUUUAUGAAAAAAGACUUGAAAUUUUAAAAGAUAUAUUUACGGAAAAGGAAGGUUGUCUUCUAUUAUGUAAAUCUACUAAAAUUUCUAAAAGUGAGGAAUUACGUAAAAUAUUCAGUGAAAGUAUUAAAAAUAAAGAAGAAGGUAUUGUAGUAAAGGAAUGUAAUAGUAAAUACAAACCAAAUGUACGAGAUGGAACUGGUUGCUACAAAAUAAAAGCUGAAUAUUCCAAUAAUUUGGUACAAGAUAUAGAUUUAAUUAUUCUUGGUGGUUAUUAUGGUGAUGGAAAAUUUAUGGGUUUAAUAAAAAGUUUCCUAAUGGGAGUGGCUUCUUCAUCAAAAACUCCUGAUGAGAGUCCCCAAGAAUUUUCAUCUGUAGUAUCUGUUAGCAAUGGUUUAUCUAUGAAUACGUUGAAAGAACUUGAUAAGAUAUUUAAAGAUAAAUGGCAAGAAGUUCGACCUGAAAAUGUAGUUCCUCCUAGGACUGAGCCGCCAAAUGUAUGGAUUCGCCCUGAAAAUUCCAUUAUUUUGACUAUAAGAGCAACAGAAAUAACACAAAGUAAUAAUUAUCCAAUUGGAUACAGUUUACGGUUUCCUAGAGUUACAAGUGUUAGAAUUGAUGAUAAAUCGUGGUACGAUGCUUGUACAACUAAUGAUUUAUUAUCAUUAAUUAAGGAUACGGGAACAGUUCAAAAAUUGACGAAACGAGGAAUAGAUUAUGAAGAUAUAGAAGAAGUAUCUGAAACUAAAAUAUGUAAAACAGCGAAACAACAAAAGUAUGUAAAACAAUGUUCAACAAAGUAUCAAGAAAAAUCAAUGAAACCAAACAGUUUUGACAAUCCGCCAGUUCAUCUUACUCGGCUUUUUGAUGAUAAAGAAAUUUGUGUGAUAAGUGAUAACGAUGAAUCUAAAGAACAGAUUAAAAAAAUUCUUUUGCAACACAAGGCAAAAUUUGUACAAAGUCCUUCAAAGGAAAAUUACUGUAUUAUUGUUGACAAUGCUAAAACGGCAAGAGCAAAUCAUACCAUACAAAGUAAAAAGUAUGAUGUAGUAACAUUGGAUUGGUUCAAACGAGUUACCAAAGAAGAAAAUUGGUCGUCAUUGCAAGACUUUUUACCAUGGGAUUUGAUAUGUAGUCGGGAAUCAACGAAACGACGAUUAGCACAAUAUUAUGAUGAUUAUUACGAUCACUAUACUAUAGAUGCUGAUGAAGAGAGUUUAUUACGUUCGUUUAACAGAAUCGAAGAUAUGGGGCAAAAUAUUAAAUUUGAUUAUGCAGAAAUGAAGAAAGUAGAUCAAGAAUUAUUUAAUAGUGAAAUAUCUCCUUAUUCCUUAUUUCGAGGUAUUGUGGGAUACUUCAGUGAUCCAUCAGAUUCGUCAAAAAUUGAAUUUCGUUUCAUGGCGGGAACUAUUAAAGAGACUAUCGAUGAUUCUGUGACGAAUGUUUUUAUCAACAAUAAUUCCAUAGAUCCUGAAUUGCAAAACUUAAUUGACAAUAAAUCGUUGAAAACUAUUAAAAGUAAAUGGAUCGAAGAAUGCUUCAAACACAAUGCAAUUAUUUCUUAUUCUGAGUAUCUGAUUCAAUAAGGAAUGAUAGAUUAAGUAUAGAUUUUUAAAUAUCUGUAUCUAUGUGAAUGAAACGAAUUCAUUUGCAAAUAAAUGCAUACAUGCAUACAUGCACAUUUUAUCGAAAUUAAAGUGGGAAAUAAAAAUGCAAAUGUAAUUUUAGAAUCGAUCCUGUUUAACAAAGAAAACUUAAUAUAUAAGUGUUACGUGUAUAUUUGUAACAUGAAUACCGAAAAUAUAUAGAUUCAUUUUGGCUCACAUUUUCGUUAAAUGCUAAAGAAACUGGGUACUAGAUGGAGUGACAGUUGGACAGUUCGCUCAUUUAACAUCCCGUUUCGAAAUAUUUCUUCUCGGUUGAAGUCGGCACCCUUACCGUUCUCGUUUUAUUUCAUUGGAAUGCGUGCAAAAUAUGAGGCGAAAGGGACGCAGCUGCGACGUUUCCUUUACAAAGCCUGCCAUUCAGUGAGAUUCUCGAGUAGAUUAAGACGAGAGAACUUUGGAAAAGAAGACUUUAUACGCGCAGGCACGCCGAUACAAUGACAAGAAUCAUCAGAUUCUGGAGAUUCUCGUCAAUCUAAAUAAUCAUUCAACUAGUGUUACUAAUUCGUAAAGGAACUUUAAUUUAUAUUUCACAAACUUAACAUCGACACUAUGAUAGAUCGGUAGCAAUGUUACGAAAAAUACAUUUUUAUCAAAUAGCAGAAUUCUUCGUUAGAAAAAGAAAAAAAAAUCUACGAUCACACAUAACAGAAUAAGAGGCUUCAGUCUCUUUUUCACAACAACUAAAUUGCAAUUGAGAUUUUUGGCAAAGAUGUAUAACGUGACAUCGCUUGAUGCACGCAUAAUGUUAACCAUUGUGGAUAUCUCGUUAGCGUAAAGGAAGGUUUCGUCUACCAGGUCAGAACAUAAUAUAUGAAUAUGACUGACAUUCGUGUUCGUAGAAGAUCUACUUAUAGACUCUUCACCUACGGAUACGACGCAUAUUAAUCGAGUUUCAGAUUUUCCAAGCGUCCAACGGGACGCGUCACUCCUUUGCACCACGUCCAAUUUAUUCACGGAGUUUCAGUGCUAACUCGGUACCUGCCAAUUAUGUAUACUCGUUACUGUUGUUGCUUACGUUUCAUCGUCAUACGAUAAAUUUAUGAUUUAACCAAGCUCACGCUUGAAUUAUGCAUUUAUCGAUGGUUCUGCUAAAAAAAAAAAAAAAAAUA